GACCUCGCUCAAAACUACACUGACGUUGUCUUGUUAACUGAAAUCAUUCCGCUGUAUUCUCCUAUUCGUGACUCAAUUUGCUUCAAGGACCCAUCGGGAGGAUAUUGUGUAACCGAUGAUUUUAUAGCGGCACAAAAAUAUGGAUUAAAUCAAUCUUCCCUCAACCCACUCAGCAAUAUUCCUGCAUCGGUGAUUUGUACUAAUUGUAACAAGGCAAUUGUAAACACAUUUUUGAAUUAUGAAAAUAAUCAUAAUGGAGUUCUCGACCCUUUUCUGAGUACAGCCCAG